GGGCACGCACGUCCUCUGCUGCUUAGGGCGGGCGCCAAGCGGACCAGAAGCCGGCUUCCUUGUUGACAUGCUUCUCCAACUCUGAAGCUUUACCCCUCCUGAAACACACAAAAGGUUUACUCAGGUGCUGCUGGUGUGGCUCAGUGGGUACAAUACUCAGAACAUGAACAACGAUACAUAUUACCAAUGUUCAAAGCUGAUUCGGGUAGAACUGGGAUACAGUUGCAUACACCCUAUUCCAGAGGAAUUAGAAAAGCCAAAGUAAUGGAUAACAGAAAAGAGCCUCCAUUCUUCAAUGAAGAUAACGUGGGAGAAUUUUACUACAAAAUUCCUUUGUAUGAUACCAUGGAACUCUUCAUUGAAACAUUGACUGGAACAUGUUUUGAGCUGAGAGUUUCACCCUUUGAAGCUGUUAUUUCUGUGAAAGCAAAAAUUCAAAGAUUGGAAGGUAUUCCCAUCUGUCAGCAGCACUUAAUUUGGAAUAACAUGGAACUUGAAGAUGAGUAUUGCUUGAAUGAUUACAACAUUUCAGAAGGUUGUACCUUGAAGCUGGUUUUGGCUAUGCGUGGUGGACCUAUAAAUACCAGAAAAGUUCCUAUGGAAGAUCCACUUAGGGAGAUGGCUGAGUACAUGGAUUCUAGUCGAGAUGAAGUCUGGGAGAAAACUUCCUGCAACAAACAAGUUACGUUCUUGGUGUACCGAGAAGGAGAUCAAUUGAAUUUCUUUCGUGUAGUAGAUAGGGGAGAUGGCACUUUAACACCAUUAUCCGAAUCUUUAAGCGGUGGUUCUGUGUAUAAUCUGUAUACAGAUGAGGAUGAAGAAGCUGAGCCUUCUCCCUCAGGGCAACAGAUCAUUGAAAAUUCAAUCACCAUGAACAAGAUGAAGCUGCUGAAGGCGAAGAUGGAGACUAUGAACCUCAGCAAGAAGCCUAAGAAGGUCGUCAAGGUGAAACCUCGCCCGCCCGUGGCUCCACGGCCGUCCAGCAACACCUCGGCGGCGGCCCGGCACCGGCUUCUGAGAGUACUGCCCCAUAUCGGGCAGCCCUGCCCGCCACCCCCGGCGGCCGCGCCUCCUCCCGAGGCCCCCCGGAGUUCAGGCGUGACAAUUCGGUCCCCGGCCGACCGCCUGCCGUCCGCCGCGGGCGAAAUGCCCCGCGGGGAGGAGCCCCCGGAGCGGGAGCCGCGGGCUCAUCCUCGCGCCGGCAGCCGGCCCGCGUCGCAGGCGCCGCGCGCCGAGUCCGGGCCGGACCGGGAGCUCGCAGACUGCGUUUUCCACCUCGGAUCCUCCCUGCCCCGGCGGACGAAAGCCUUCUCCGGGACCCGGUCACCGGGCGGCGACGACGAUCCCGCUUUGGCCCCCUCUCCGGACGCGCGUGUUCCCGCAGAGCCGCCCCCCGCCGCGGGGCCAGGGUCCCCGCCGGCGGCCGGGGGCGCAGCCGAGCGCUGGGGCGGCCUGGAUGGGACCAACACCGACGAGAGAGGGGUGCUAAUCCCCGAGGCGCACGCGAACCCUGGCCCCAAGGCAGCCAGCGGCGACCUCCACGGCGCCCCGAUUCCCCACAAGAGCAAGCUCCUGUCGCCGCUGCGCUGCGCGGCCUCAGCCUCGCUGCACUCUGCGCUGCUGAAGCAGCCAAGGCCGACGGCCAAGGCCCCGCCGUGCGCCCCGCAGAGCGCGCGCCGCCCACUGGAUGCGCGGGCCCCCGAGGCCACCUUCCCGCGAACUCCGCGCCUCCGCGCGGUCAAGGUGGACUCCCCGGGCAAGAGGCCGGACGUGAUCUCCAAAGGGGAGGCUCGAGACAUCACGGAAAUGGCCAACAAGGCCUCCAAGGAGCCCGUGGGCUGCGUCAAUAACAUUGGGUUUUUUGUUUCGCUUGCUCGGAGCACCAGCAGAGACAGUGUGCAGAGCACUCGGGGCUCCAGCCGGCUGCGGCCCCCCACCAUGGGGCUGGCCUCAAGCCUCCAGCACUUCCAGGAAGACGCCGCCAAGAAAAGCUCUCCCCAGGGUGAGCCCUUGGAGGGUUUUCUAUCUGCCCGUGGUAGUGGAAUGAAUGGAAAUAAUGCAGCAGCAGGGAAAAGAAUCGGAGAAUGCACUCAUCACCUCCCACCAGUGAAAGCCUCCCUUCAAACAAAGAAGAAAACAACAAAGCAUUGUUUUCUUUGUGGAAAGAAAACAGGACUGGCUACUAGCUACGAAUGCAGGCAGAUGUGGAAACAACUUCUGUGCAUCUCAUCGCUAUGCAGAAGCUCACAGCUGCACCUAUGAUUACAAGAGUGCAGGGAGGAAAUACUUGCAGGAGGCAAAUCCUGUGGUUAAUGCACCAAAGCUUCCAAAAAUCUAGCUUUCCUCUGCACCCCACUGCUCUGCCUGAGGAAUCGCAUUAUAUUGACAGAAGACAUGUUGCUUAGACUGCAUUAUUUUUGUUCGGCUCCAAAAGAUUUGCCAAAUAAGAGCAUAUAAUGCAUACUGUUGAAGAAUGAGAGUGCUCCUGUAUUUGAUGUCUUUAUUCUUUGGUGAAUCAAAAUUUUUAAAAGUAGUUUUAAAAGCUUUCCACUAUAGCUUUGUUCUUACAUGUCUGUGUUCAGUGUUUUAUAUUUGAUAUUACAAUUUUACUAGACAAACCUUGGAAGGAUGCCCCUGAGGAAGCUCCUGUUGACUCUUUGACUGGGCCUCCGUGCUGCAUAGAAAUGAGUGCUCAUGUACUGGUGCUUUUCAACAGAAAUGAGCGCCCAUGGAAUGGAGCUAUAUAAAGUGACCAUAUUUUGUGUUUCUUUUUUUGAGGGGAUGGGGUAAGUAGGGGUAUUUUUAAGAUCCCAUGUGUGAAAGUUUAUGAGUUUACUGGCAAGUUCUUUUUAUUUUCAAACUACUUUUUGUAAAAAAGAACAUUUGGUUUUACAGUGUGGUUUUAAUACACACAUAUUUAUAUAUUUCUUCCAUAUUUAGAUUAGCAUUCAGAUAUGUAUCCAUUCUCUAAAACACAUCAUGUUAAUCAUAUAUUUAUAAAAUACUACUUUUUAAAAGGUAGUUUUUUACAAAACAGUAUCUUAUUUGUCAUUAAAUACAGGAACCACCUUUUUUUUUUUUUUUUUUUUUUUUUUUUGAAAAAUGGCUACACUUGAAGCAAAAUCUUACAGCUUGGCUUGUUUUCUAAUAUAUUGAGUGCUACUCCCAGAAGAAAUUCAAAUAAAUAUUCAGCUUCACUAUGA